AUGCCCACCGACAUGGAAGGCGGUCGGGUUCAGUCAACGGGAAAAAUGAUGCAACCCGAGGAGGAUGACGACGAAGAAGAGGAUGACAAUGACGACGGGUGCCUCUCCAGAACUAUGGAUGCGAUUUAUUCCAGGAUAGGGACAUUCGUGGAAGAGAACUCCGGAGUUCUGAGAAUCGGUGCCCUCAUUCUGCUUUUUGCCGGCUACAAUGCCUAUCUCGGUGCGGUAAUUUGGAGAACAGUGGAUGAAGGAGAUCCGAUUCAGUGGUGCGACGGUUCGGGAUUCUUAUUUGCCCUGACUGGAGUCGUUUACUUUUGUUUGAUCUACUUUCAAAUCGUCAAGAGGUUCUUUGGGAAAGCUCUCGCCGAAAAUGUGAUUACGCCGAUAGUGAAAGGCAUUGACUACGCCUUCUCAUUCAGGGCAUCAAAGUUGAUUGCUUUUGUUGCAUUCUUUGCAAUAGUCUUGGGAUUCAUUAUUUAUGAUACCUGGGAUGCACCAAGGCGAUUGCAAUCGGGCAUUGGCAUCAUCGUCAUCGUGUUGUUCGCCUUCGUUUUCUCUCGUCAUCCUGGGAAGGUUGUAUGGAGACACGUUGUCUGGGGCUUGGGCUUGCAAUUCAUCUUUGCUCUCAUGGUGUUGCGAUGGGAUUUUGGCAGAAAUGUUCUUGAGUGCCUUUCUGACAAGGUCAAGCGAUUCCUUGAACAAGCCAAUGCCGGUUCAGCUUUUGUGUAUGGUUACCUUGUGAAUGGCGUGGUAUCAGUGAGAAAUGUGACAGCUGCAGAUGGAUCACCAAUCCCUGGCUUUGGAAGUGGGGGGAUGACUGUCCUAUCUGUGAUCUUCUUCUUCAGCUUUGUGAUCCAAAUGCUCUAUUAUUACGGGGUAAUGCAAUGGCUUGUGGCGAAAAUAGGAUGGGUUUUACAAAUCACAAUCGGAACAACAGCUGCAGAGUCCCUGUCUGCAUCUGCAAAUAUUUUUGUUGGUCAGACUGAGGCCCCAUUGAUGGUAAAGCCGUAUCUACCCAUAAUGACAAAAUCAGAGCUUCAUGCCAUCAUGACUGGCGGGUUUGCAACUGUUGCAGGUACGGUUUUGGCGGCGUACAUCAGUUUUGGCAUUUCUGCGUCUCAUAUUUUGGCUGCGAGUGUGAUGUCUGCUCCAGCGGCUCUGGCAAUUGCAAAAUUGUUCUAUCCUGAAACCGAGAAAUCAAAGACGACUGCUGAUACUGUUGGAGAAAUCAGCCUUGAUGAUCACGCAAACGUACUGGACGCAGCCGCAUCCGGUGCAUCCCAAGCAGUUGACCUGGUCAUGAACAUCAUCGCGAACCUGAUAGCCUUCACAUCUUUCAUAGCGUUCCUGGACGCAUUGGUCGCCUGGUUCGCGUUGCAGCUGGGAUACGAUUACGUUAAUUUCACGUGGAUUAUCGGACGCAUUUGCAUGCCAUUGGCAUGGACGAUGGGUGUGGAAUGGGAGGAUUGCGACGAAGUGGGUGAACUCAUAGGCAUCAAGACUAUCGUCAAUGAGUUUGUCGCCUAUUCUCGAUUGAGUGAAUUCGGCGAUACUAUUCAGCCAAGGUCGAAGCUGAUUUCCACAUACGCAUUGUGUGGAUUCUCCAACAUUGCUGGGAUCGGUAUACAACUCGGUGGUCUCAGCGCAUUGGCCCCCAAUAGGAAGUCAGACUUGUCCGAAAUCGCCUUGAGGGCAUUGAUUUCCGGAUCUCUGGCUUGUUUUCUGACUGCUUGCAUCGCUGGAAUUUUGAUUGACGCAUGAUCAAAGCUUCGCCGAAUCCGAUGGAUGUUCAUACGCGCAUCAUUAUUAUUUUUUUUUGCACUGGAACACAUUUCUCAUUGGUGCAUGAUACGAUUCGUUUGUUUUUAUUCUGUAAAAUGUGGUUACCAUGACUCGCGUCUUUAAAGCUUUACGUGCCAUCCCUGUGCGAUAUUGCAAGCACAUUCUUGAGAUUUUCCCCGUCAUUUUUUUCCCCUCGCAAAAUAAUUUUCCAGAUUGGAAAGUUCGUCCGACUUUCACAGAAGAAGCUAGCUCAUUUCAGCUUAUGACACUUGGUAGAGUUCACCAUGUUUGAAGGGUUUCUCGGAAGUCCAGCAGACAGAACCUGCUAGAGAAUUCUUACCACAAUAUUACACAGUGAGACCCCCACAUGCAGACACCUCAACAUGAGGACAAUUCGACAUAGGGAUAUUUAUAUUUUAAUAAAAAAGGUCAUAAAAAAGGCCUGACAUACAGACACUGACUCAACAUGAGGACAUCAAAUGAUAAAAUUGCCAAUAAAUUUCACAAAAAUUGACUUUUAUUUGGCUUGAUUGAAAGAAACAGAUAUUGCCAACUCUAAGAUUUAUGCAAGAAAAAAUCUUUGCCAUUUCUCCCAACAUUUUCCCAUCCAUUCAGCUAAUUAAAAAAAGUACCAAUUGCAUAGAGGGAUUUCCUUUGCUCUUUGUGACUUGAAUGUUUUUUGCAGAUGCCAACAUUUCUAUGUACAGUACAGAGAAAUACUAUUAAAUGCUCCAAAUGUUCUUAUUGAGUUGAAAAUAUAUUCACUGAAUCAAAUCCAAGUGGCAAACAAUUUUUUUCAUGGAAUUCUGAAGAAUAUUUUUUCCAUAAAACACUAAUUAAAAAUUAUAUAAUGUAAGUCUAUGGGAAAAUAAGACUCAACUCAGGGACAAUUCAACUUAGGGACACUCUUAACGCACCAAUUGCGUCUGCAUUUUGGGGUCUCACUUUAUAUUCAAAAAUCUUUCCCAGUUAAAUGUUUGUAGUUGAAGUUCAGACACAAUCAGAAAUGAAUCAAAGGCUUUUACUGUACAGUACUUCUGAGGAACUUCAUGCGUCUAAAAAGUAUCACGCUUUAGUUUUCUUGUGAAUGAUCAGGUUCCUUGUUAUGCCAAGACUUUACUUCAAAUGCUCCUGAAGCUUUGCGUUGCAAUCAUAACGUUUUCAUUAAAAUGUUCAUAUUUUGAUACCCAUAAUAAAAAAAAUAUUAUAUAACUAAUGUAUGCCAAAAUUUGCUCAGGGCCAAAGCAGCCGCUUUAAGAUCCAAUCUUUUUUUUUCAUGAUUAUUUCAUCUUGGUAUUUGGGGAAGAUCCACCCAGGAAUUCAUAGAAAAGAUUAGAGCGAAUUUCUUUCUUGCCAAAAAUCCUCUCAGCGCACAUAACAGAUCUGCUACUGUGCUGAUCUUUUUGCCUUCUUUUGGGAUGGGACCUCAUAAGCUAACCCUGAAAGCGAUCAUGUUUUAUUCAACUGCAUUGAUGACAUGUUGAGUGAUUUCUGAGAAACCGCUCAUCAAAUCCCUGAAAUGGCGAGGGGGUUUUAUUUGUAUUUUUUUCCCGGUGCCAGGAAUUCGGACAUGAACUCGCCGAUUUUUUUUUCUGGACCCCUGUGACUGAUACCUGCUGUGAUGAUCGCGUAUUCGACAUGAGAGCUAUUUUUUUUUGUCGGGAUGGCGGAAUAACGUGGUGAUUCCAACACUGUAUUACUGUGGUCAAGUCUAUCCUGGAACAAACUCAAAUCGGCACUUCACAACUGGACGGUACCCAACCAAAAGCCCCCCCCCCCACCACUUUUUAUAAUUGGAUGCAAGUUUCAUAAUACUGUUUGGUGGCCCUGAGAAGGACUAUUUGGUUUCAUUAGUUCUCAAAAGGACUGCUUAAUAAUCAUCUUCAAAAUUGCCUUAUGAUGUCUCUUCCUCACUGUCACUGAUGCUCUUCAUGUCAUUUUCUUCCAAGUAACCAUCGUAGUAUGCCUUUUGACCAUCCUUCUGAUUUUUGAUGAUCUGAAUUGCACAAGCCAUUGGGCCAACAAGGUGAACUGUAGAUUUUGCAGAAAUCAGCAAGUGAUGAUGCUUCGACAUUAUAUUCAAAGAAUCACUGAUGACCACUGAAGAUGAGGAAUCCCUUUAUAUACUCAACUUACAAACAUAAUGGUACUUGGCCUUGUGCUGGGCCUGCUGGUGAAAGGUGCAGCUUACCAUCAAGAUUUACAAGAAUACCUGUAAUCCCCAAUUUUCGAACCUAGGGGGGCUUUUGGCAG